AGCCCUCUCUUAAUGAAAAUCUGUUUUAAACAGUUAAUUUCUUCUUGCGUUUUGCCUUAAAAUGAAUCUUCAAGUGGCUGCGCUCAUCGCUGCGCUUUUGUGCGCGCUCUCCACCGGUGCAGCACAACACCUGGACACAGUUGGGCUGGCAGACAGUGUUCACGGGUCUGUGGAGCUCCUACAAGUCUCCAAUAGCACUAACUCUUCUGGUCUGAUCUAUGGAUUCAUAUCCUGUGGAGUGUCCGCUCUCUUCUACGGGAGCAACUUCGUGCCAGUGAAAAAGAUAGACACUGGAGAUGGAAUGUUUUUCCAGUGGAUUCUUUGUGCUGCUAUAUGGACCGUAUCCCUAGUGGUAAACAUCAUUCUGAACAGUCCAAAAUUUUGGCCUAUUGUUAUGCUGGGAGGAGCCAUCUGGGCCACUGGUAAUAUAACUGUAGUUCCUAUUGUAAAGACUAUCGGGCUUGGUCUUGGCCUUCUUAUAUGGGCUUCUGUUAAUCUGCUUAUGGGCUGGGCCAGUUCACGGUUUGGCUGGUUUGAUAUUGAAGCUGAGAGUGUUUCCAAACCAGUACUUAACUACUGUGGGGCAGGUCUUUGUUUACUGAGUGCCAUUGUGUUUUUUUUUGUGAAGAGUGAUGUGCAACGGUUACCAACAUCUGAAGAAACAACAUUAUUAAUAGAUCACACUGUGAACUCAGAAGUUGUGGCCGUGACUGAUGAAUCCUGGGUGGAUGCACUAAGCCCACGCAACAAACGUCUUGUGGGGUCACUGCUUGCUGUCGUAGCUGGACUGCUGUACGGGUCAUCAUUUAUUCCAGUUCUGUACGUUAAAUAUCAUGCAGCUGAUCCACACAGCCAAUACAGAGGAGCUAGCCAGUUUGAUCUGGAUUAUGUCUUUGCCCAGUAUUGUGGGAUCUUUCUCACUAGUACUGUGUAUUUCAUCCUCUACUGUGCCAUCAAAAAGAAUAAACCGCAAGUGUUUCCAAAAGCUGUACUGCCAGGGUUUGUGUCAGGCUUGAUGUGGGGAGUGGCCACAUGCUGCUGGUUCCUGGCCAAUCACUAUCUCAGUCCUGUAGUGAGCUUCCCUAUUAUCACCACAGUUCCUGGAGUGAUUGCUGCUCUCUGGGGUGUUGUGGUUUUCAGGGAAGUUAAGGGUUUGCGAAAUUACAUUGUCCUCAUCAUAGCAUUUUGUUUUGUUUUAUCUGGGGCUUUAUUGACUGCAUUUUCAAAGCUUUAAUGAAGUCCUUUAAAUAGAAGUACAUGGAAUGCUCAACGCAUUUAUGGCACAUAUUUUUUAACUGGAGAUUACAUUUACAUUUUAUUUGUACAUUUAAAAUCACUUUUAUUGUCUUAAAUAGUUGUUAUACUGUGCAUCAGAGUUGUAGCAGUUUUAGGAAGCACUUUAAUGUAGGUUGUGUAACACCAAUUAUUUUAACAUUAAUUGUGAAGCCUCAGCUGUUCAGGGAAAUGUUUCAAGUGCAAUAUUAUCACAGUUUUUAUGUUGUGUAUGAAUGUAUACUCAUAGACAACCUUUUGUUAUGUUUACACAAUAAUGGACCUCAUUUGACUGUUUGCACAUAAUUGAUUUGUGGUUUUUAAUUAAUGAUGGAUUUAAAGGAAAAGGAUAAAAAAGGGAUGGUGUUAGGACUUUUUCUAGAGAUACCUCUCUGUAUCAAUUCUGUGAAAACAAAUGAUUUUUUAGAUUCAAGUCUGAAAUGUUCAAACUGAACUCUCCGAUUUGGGUGAUUCAUACGAAAGCAUCUGCAAGAACUUUUUCUGAUUGCCAUUACUUAUAAUAAUUUAUAAUCUCAUUUAAUUUUCAAUUUUUUUCUAAUAUGAAGUUAAGUGUUUUUAUCUAUUUAUACAUUUUCCGUUCUGUUAGUUUCUAUCCUUAUGGUUGUAAAGUAGUGCCUUUUCUUUUAAAAUAUUCUUUCUUUUGUUUUUUGAAUUAAACGUGACUG